AUUGGUGUUUCAGAGUUCUCUUUAUUAUUCUUGUGUGCUUAAUUUAUUGGUUUAGUUAAGAAUUCGAUUACUAGUUGCUAAAAUUGGAGUUUGUGGUUUGAAAAUUUUGAUUUUAUGGAGAAAUUUAUGAUAAUUAGAUUCGUCUUUUCGAGUUUCGACUUUGGCUUUGUUCGUAGUUUUGUACUUUGAUUAGGGGAAUUGUUUGUUCUAGUUGUGUAGUUGAAUUUGUUGAUAUACUAUGUGGAUAGGGAUUCAGAAGCAUUUACUUAAGAACAUUCACAGAAGGAAACCUAUCCAUAGUCACACACAACCUCAAGGUUCAUCAGGGGAUAAUGAAAGAGCGGUAUUUGAAGAAGAGAUCGAGAGGCUGACACAAGAGAAAUCUGUCCUUCAGACCAAGAUUUGGAGGUAUAAACAGCAGAAAUCAGGAGUGUCUCUUCAACUGGAGGACACAGAAAAAAGAGUUCAAGAAAUGGAGCAGAAGCAGCUUAGGAUGAUGGCCUUUGUGGAAAAGGCAGCUAAGAACCCUUCUUUUGUGGAACACCUCAUUAGAACGACUGAAUCUCAUUUAGAUUUAUCAGCAGUUAAUAAGAAAAGGCGGUUGCCCAGGGUUAAUAAUGCUCCAGAAAUUGUGUUAGUGGAUGACAAUAGUUGUAAUUACAGGGCAGAUGCAGGCCGUGUUUUCAACCAAGAUUUCUCUAAUAGGUUGAGGCUUGAGUUAUCCCCAGCUGUAUCAGACUGUAAUAUGGUUUCUAUGAGUGGGCAAGGAUCGUGCGAAGAUGUUGGUAGCUCACUAAAGAAAACAUCUGAUGAAGAUACAAAUCAUGCAAACAUGAGAACCCAAGGUCUUUCAUUCGAGUCAGAGAUGAUAGAGCCAUUAGAUGUGGGAGGUAUGUCAUUUACUUUGAGAAGGGUUGAUUCAUUGUCAAGAGCACUGAGAGUAAAUGAUUUGCCUUCUACCGAAGAUGGUGAUUCCUGCCAUUUAAAUCUAACACUUGCCUCAUCCUCGUUGCAACUCAACAAUGAUAAAUCGGGUCGAUUUCCUCAGUUCGGCCAAGAAGUUGUUACUUCCUCUGAGUUGAGAUCUGGCGAGAGUGUAAAAGAGACUACGGAACUUAGGGUUUCUGUACAGAACAGAAAACCAGCUAAUAAUCAUGGGUCUGGAGCUGUACAGGGCCGAGUUAAUGAUGUUUUCUGGGAACAGUUUCUAACUGAAAGACCCGGUUCAUCAGAUACUGAGGAAGCAAGCUCUAGUUUUAGAGAGAACCCAUAUGACGAACAAGAAGAGAGAAAUAUCGGGGAUGGAAGAUCGUUGAGAAACAAGAAAGACUCAGAGCAGCUCACCCUGUAAGAACUUUUGGAGAGUUCUUCCCUACCAAGCUAUGUAUUGUCAAUUUGUUUAUGUUUUCUCUACGUCAUAGUUAUAAUAUAGACAUGUGGUUAGUCUGUGAAUAGAUAUACAUGUCAUUGUAUUCUUCACCUUGUUUUCGAAACUAAUAAAGCUUACACAUCUAGGUUUGUUUGAAACUUGA